AUGAAUAAUACUAAAAUUGCCUUAGAAGAGCCUCUUCUUGAAAAUAAAUCUUCUAGACCUCCUGGGUUAUUGUCAAGAACAUUAUUUCUUUAUGUUUUUCCUCUACUUCGACUUGCUAAUAAAACCCCUUUAGAAUUCGAUAUGGUAAAGGACCUAUAACUAGAUGAUUAAAGUGAGUCAUUGUUUAACAGAAUGAACAAAACCUUUUAGAUUUACAAGCAUAACACGUAUCCACUCUAUAAAUCCCUCUUUAUUACAUUUAAAAGUAUAUUCUUAAUUAGUAAAUAUAGAUCAAUUUUUUGUUGUGUAUAUCAUAAUCUUAAUUUGGAAUAUCUCUUUAAUGUAUGGUCCAAUAAUGAUUCGUUAAACUCUCUCUUAUAUAGACAAUUCCGAGCAUACUUUGGGCAAAAGCUUCUAAUGGCUGGGAAUUAUAAUAGUGGUUAGAGUUUUUAAUGCGAUAUCCUACUAAAAUAGCUUCUAUAUGUUGGUAUUUAAAUGAAAAAUUUUUAGAGAAAACUGGGAUAUGACCAGCAUUCAGCUGUCAGUGUAUCUGUGAUGAAAAAAACACUGAAUGUAUCAUUUCAGAGUAAUAAAUAAUACAAAACAGGAGAAAUAAUGAAUAUUAUGUAAGUUGAUUUAUAAAGAAUCUUACAAUUUAAUAUAGCAGUGGCUUCAGUCAUAUUUCUACCAUUUUAGAUUGGAAUUUCUUUUUAUUUACUAUUUGAUUUUAUUGGGAUUUCAUGUCUUGCAGGUUUAGGAGUAAUGAUCUUAGGAUUACUCAUCAAUUUUUUACUUGGAAGGUGGGGUUGGAGAUUAUAGAAAUAAGUUAUGGUUGCAAAAGAUAAUAGAACCAAAUAAGCUCAUGAAAUAUUUUCUUAGAUUAAAUUCAUAAAGGCAAAUGCCUUUGAGGAAUAUUUUAAAAAUAAGUUAUUGAGAUUUAGAGAGAAGGAGAUACAGUUAAUCAAAAGGAAAAAUAUAGUGAGUGGAUUAUUUACAUUAGCAUUUUUAAUGACACCAUAACUUACUUUGAAUGUUACUUUGGCAGUUUAUAUUUGGCUUUAAUAUAAUCUCACUCCUGCUGACACAUUUACCAUUAUAAGUUUAUUCAAUAUCUUGUAGUAAUCAGCCAGUGCUUUACCAAGCUAUAUUAAUUAAAUCAUAGAAGCGAAUAUUAGUAUAAAAAGAAUAGAGAAGUUUUUGUUUACUGAUGAACUUAUGGAUGAUUGUAUUUAGAAUGAAAGCCAUGGUAAUUCAAUUGAGGUUGAAGGCACUUUUUAUUGGGACAAAGUUAAAAAUAAUGAGCAUCCAAGUAAAUCUACUGAUGUUGUUCCAGUGAAUGAAGAGAUAGAUCCCAUUUUAAAAAAUAUCAAGUUAAAAAUUGAAAUCGGCGAGUUUGUAACAAUUAUUGGAGAGUAAUCAAUUAUUUGAUAUAAUUUAGUGUUGCAAGUGGCAAAAGUUCGCUAAUAAGUGCAAUUUUAGGAGAAAUGGUGUAUAACGUUUCGAGAUAGCCACCUAAGAUAAAAUUAAAUGGAAACAUAGCUUAUGUAAGUUAAAAGAGUUGGAUAUAAAAUGCAACAUUGAAGGAUAAUAUUCUAUUUGGUCUACCAUAUGAUGAAAAGAGAUACAGAGAUGCUCUUAAAUAUUCUUGUUUGGAAUAAGAUAUUAAAAUUCUAGACAAAGGGGAAGCUACUAUGAUUGGAGAAAAAGGUGUUAAUUUGAGUGGAGGGUAAAAGGCAAGGAUUACUUUAGCCAGGGCUUUGUAUAGUGAUUGUGAUAUCUAUUUAUUGGAUGACCUUAUAAGUGCUGUUGAUAUGCAUGUAGGUAAGUUUAUUAUUGAGAAAUGUCUUCGUGAAUAUUUGAAUGGUAAAACUAUAGUAUUAAUUACUCAUGCAUUAUAUUCUUGUUAAUUUGCUGAUAGGAUCAUUUUAAUGGACAAUGGCUCAAUAAUUAAGGAAGGCACUCUGGAGGAUAUUAAAGGCUGCGAUAAAUUUGAUUAAAUUUAUUAGAAAUAUUUCAAGGAAUAAAAAAAUGACAAGAAAGAUGAUUAAGACGAAGAAUUAGAAAUAUUGAAUUUAAAAAAAAAAAAAUCAUCUAUACAAUAGAUUAAUACUGUCAACAAAGAUAUGGUUGAUGAUUUAAUGAUAUUAGAAGAUAGAAAGGUUGGUAGUGUUUAGUUAGAUGUAUACAAAGAAUACUUUUAAAUGAAUGGAGGAUUUUUAUUCUUCGCAUUCAAUUUAAUUGUCGUCAUUACUUAAGUUAUAGCCAGAUUUGGAUCCCAAAUAUGGUUGGCACAUUGGUCUGGAUAAGAUGACUUAACCUACGAUGAAAACUUACAUAAUCUCAUGAUUUUCUCGUUUUUUUCACUAAGUUUUGGCUUUUUUGCUUUUAUUCGUAUUCUAACUCUCUCAAGGGAAAGCGUGAAUACUGCAAAUAAAGUGCAUACUAGAAUGAUAGAGUAAAAAUACUCAUAUAUGAUAUUUUAGAUAAUUACUUUAUGCACCACUAUGCUAAUUUUUUGAAAGGGUUCCAUUAGGUGUUUUAAUGAAUCGUUUGACCAAAGAUUAAUCGGUGCUGGAUACAGAAAUUCUGUGGACCAUAUCUAUUCUAUAUAUCAGUUGCUCAAAUUUUGUAGGUAAUAUAAUGUUAGAUAAAUUAUAGCAAGUACACUAAUAAAUGUUUUUAGCAGUUCCUAUUAUAUUAUUUUGCCAGUUUUGAUAUUCUUAUAUGCAGUUUGGAAGGUGUAAAGAUUUUAUAUGGCUGCAAAUAGAGAGCUGUAUAGGUUGGAAUCUAUAAGUAAAAGUCCCAUAUUAAGUUUCUUCUCUGAAACAGUGAAUGGAUUGAAUAUAAUAAGGGCAUUUAGAAAAUAGGACUAAUUUUUAGAGAGACACACUAAAAACAUCGAUUUGAAUAGGAAAAUACAAGUAGCUUAAUUACAAACAACAACAUGGUUUUCCAUGAAUUUAACAUUCACAAGUUUCAUAGUAAAUAUAUCUGCAAUUGGUUUUGUGUUAUUUUUUGGAAGUGAGAAUCCUGCAUUAGCUGGUCUACUUAUGACAGUAGCUACUGUAAUUGACAAUAGCUUAUAAUCAGCAAUUAAUUCGAUUACUUAAGCAGAAACAUAAUUUAUUUCAUUUGAAAGAUGUUUGGCAUUUGCUAAGAUUGAACAUGAGAAUGGUUAUAAAUAAAAGAAGGAUUAUGUCCUAAAUUGGCCUCAGGUAGGAGAUAUUCAGAUAGAUACCUUAGUUGUAAAAUAUAGAGAAAACCUAUCCCCAGCUUUAAGAGGCCUUAAUGUUUUGAUUAAGCGUUAAGAGAAGGUUGGAGUGGUAGGCAGAACUGGAGCUGGAAAAUCGACUGUUACUCUAUCUUUGUUAAGGAUUCUUGAGGCUUCAAGUGGUUGUAUUAGAAUAGAUGGAGUGGAUAUCUCUACUUUAAAUUUGAAGUAACUCAGAGAGUCAAUAACGAUGAUAUUAUAGGACUCUACUCUAUUUGAAGGAACCUUAAGAGAGAAUCUUGACCCAUUGCAUCAGCAUACAGAUUAAGAUCUGAAUGAUGUAGCCUUGCAAUGUUGUUUGGGAGAUUUAUUAUUAUAAAAGAAAGGCUUGGACACAGAGAUAUCUGAAAAUGGGGACAACUUGAGUGCUGGAGAGAAACAACUGAUAUCAAUAGCAAGGGCAGUUUUAAAAUAGUCUUAAAUAGUUUUGAUUGAUGAGGCAACGGCUAACAUUGAUAUUGAUACAGAAUCAAAAAUCUAACAGACAAUUUAAACAGCCUUUAAAAAAUGCACAGUAAUAACGAUCGCUCAUAGAAUCAAUACUAUUAUGCAUUGUGAUAAGUAAUAUAUGUUAUUAAUUUAAACAGAAUCUUAGUUAUCGAUUAAGGGGAGGCCAAAGAGUUCGAUGAACCGUAAAAAUUAUUAGAAGACAAAUCUUCCAUUUUUUAUGGUUUGUAUAUGCAAGGUAAAAAAAGUAACAAGAUCUGA